AUGAAUAGACUCAGUUCUUAACCUAAAACAAACAACCAAGGGCGCAUGACUCCAAAUGAAUAUAUGGUUCAUAAAAACAUUCCUUUGCCAACCAAAGCCAAAUACCCCCAUGCAGACUCGGAGGCAAGUUUGCAUAAAUCCGAGGUCAUUCAUUAGAACAACAGCAGCAAUUACUCACACGGUUAGGAAGGGACAAGUCUUUAAAAAAUAAUCGAAGAAAAGAACAGAGAAAUUGAAUUCCUGAAGUAGGCAGAAGCUUAAAGCAAAAUGUUAACUACGUAAUUCUAAGAGAUGAAUCAAAAUCAUUAAUUGGAGGUGAAGCAAUUGUUGGAGUAGAUUCAAAAUUACAAACAAAGGAAUGUCGAUCUCAAGAGCCAAGUCGAGUAAUACAUGACAGAACUCAAUAAAUCAAAUUAAAAAUAUUAGGAGUGUUGUAAAGAAAGAGAUGAAUACCUCAAAAAUCUCAGAGAAUACUCAUAGGAUUAUGAUAUAAUGAAAAUGCAAUUGUAAGGCAAGGAUGCUGAAAUCGUAUCAUUGAAAGAAAGAAUUCAAAAUAUCGAAAGUAGUCAUCAAUAAGAAUUAUCACAAUAUUCACAAACUAACGAGUAUUGGAAGAGAUCCUUGAUGGAUACUUAAAUUAGGGAGAUAACCUAGCAAUUCAAUUAAGAUAGGAUAUAAUCGGAUAUGAAAAUUAAAAAUCUCGAAAAUAGGAAUGUUGAAUUAGAGAACAAAUGUGUGUUGCUGGCCUAGGAAAUGGAGAGAAUGCGUUUCAAAGAUUUAGAGCAAAAUAAAAUGAUUACAAAAAAUCUAUAAAAUGAAAACAAUGAAUUAAAAGCAUAAAUGUUAGAAAUGAUGCAAUUUGUAUCUAGAUACGAGGAGAAAAUAAAUUAGAUGGAAUACAUUGAAGAUCAACAAUAGAAGGAUAGAAUGAGAAUUAUUGUCAUGAGUUCUGAGAUUGACAGAUUGCAUUGUGUGAUUGAGGAACAAGAAUAACAGAGCCACUCCUUCUUACAAUAGAUUUAAAGAUUAGAGCAAUAUGAGAUGUAGUGUAGGAUGUUGCAAGAAUAAUAACAAUUAUAAAAUCAGUUGAAAUCAUAGUUGUAAUAGGAGAUUUCUAAAAAUCAGAAUACACAAUAAGACUUUGAAUAUUUGUAAUAGGAAUGGACAGAAAGAAAUUAGGAGUUGUAAGAUAAGUGUGCAAUGUUAACAACCGAGCUCGAGAGAUUAAAUCUGGUUAUGAGAGACAACGAAACAUAUAGCAGGAAUUAUUAAUAUGAAAUUGAAAAGUUCUAAAAAUAGUUAAAGGACCAUUCAUAAAUUAUAGAAUAGAAAUCUAAUAUGAUCUUAUAGUUAGAGAUAGAAAUAAGCAAUUACCAAUAGGAAUCAAUGCUGCUGAAUAGUGACAAUGAUAAUCUGAAUAUGAGGAUCACUUAAUUGGAAGAAGAAAUACAGGAAGUUAAAGAUCAAACAUCCUAAGAAUUAAAAUAAUAGAUUGAUGAAUUGAAUAGAAAUUAAUAUAAUUAUAGUUAAGUAAAUCAAGAUAAAUUGGAAAUGUAGAAAGAAUUGGAGAAAAUCAAUAGAGACUACUAAACACUAGUUAUCACAUCUCAAUAAAAAGAUGACGAAAUCAAGGACCUACAAGAUUAAAUGCAAUAAAUGGAAGAAGAACACUAAAUUGAAUUAAGUGAGCUAUAGAAAUAAGGAGAAUAUUUGAGAAGUUCUGUAUUUGAUUAAUAAAUUAGAGACUUGACUGUAAAGUUCAAUAAUGAUAAAUAAGUACUUGAGAUGUAGGUUAGACAAUUGUAGUAAUAGAAAUAGGAGGUAGAAUUACAAAAUUCAUUGUUGUAAUAGAAAAUUUAAGAAUUAUAAUACACAGUGGAGGAUCAAUUGGAGAUCUAAAAAUAAAAAUUAUAAACAAGUGAAAAGGAAAGGGUUAAUUUAUUAUAAGAAAUAAAAGAUUACUAGUUAGAAUUGCAUAUGAUAUCAAAUGAGAGAUAACAGAUGAGGGAGGACUUUGUUAAGGAGAGAAUGAAAAUCGUAGUUUAUGCAUCUGAAAUUGAUAGGUUGUGGAGUGUAAUUCAGGAUUAGACUGAUUAAAUUAAAUAAUUUGAAGAAUAAGAAUAAUUGUCAAAUGAAUAGUUAUAAUAAUUAACAUCAACUAUGCAAUAGUAUCAUAACACAAUAUACUAAUUGGAAUAAGAAAAGAACAGUCAUUUAAGAGAAAAUAGUUUGAAAGAGCAGAGUUUAGAAAAUAAAGUGAUUAUGAUGACAAACGAAUUAGACAGAACAAAGAAUUAAUUGUAUGAAGAACAAAGUAAAGGAUAUGAAUAGGAAAAUAAGUAGAAAUCAUUAUUGUAAGAGAUCGAAGAAUUAUAUCAGUAAAUAGAACAAUAUUAGUCAGAGAUAACCAUAAUGCAGAAGAAUGGAUUGGAAGUGGGGGAUUUGGAAACUAAAUUUCAAGCAGAAAAGAUGUCUUGGGAAACACAAAAAUAUUAAUUAACCAACUAAAUUUCAGAUUAUGAAUAGAGAGUGCAUUUAUUAAGUUAAGAAAUAAAGAGAUUGACUACAAUUGGAGACGAGAGACUUCAUGAGAUUGAAGAGUUAAGGUUCAAAUUCAGGGAUGCUUCAUUAGCUGAAAACUAUGAGCAAUUAAAAACAGAAUAUGAUAUAUUGGAGUAAUAAGUCAUGGAAUUGGAAUAGAACAACUUGAAAUUGAAAUCUCAUACACAAACUCUAGAGAAAUAGAUUUAAUUGUUGGAAUUAUCAUUGUAAGAUAAAUCAAAGGAGGCAGAGGACAUCUAUAAUUUGAUGAAUAAACAAAGGAGACAGAGUGAAUCCACCAAUAAAGAAGCAGAAAAUAACAGAAAAACAUAAUAAUAGUUAUAAUAAGCGGUGUCAAAUUUGGAAUAGCAGAAUUAAUAUUUAAAAGAGUAAUUGUAAACUCUCACCAAUGAAAAUAAAGCUUAUUAUCACAACUUCAUUAUAUGCAGAAUAGUCUACAUGAGAGAGAUUAGAUGA